CCCUGUGCUUCUCCUGUAGCUCCACCUUGUGAUGGAGGAGAGAGCAAGGAUUGUAAGAGAGUUUAGAGAUGGCAGCCUGGCCAAACAGACCCCUGUGUGCUGUUCCUGUGUAAAGUGGAGCAUUCCCUGAGCAAUCGGGGACAAGCAGUCUCUUAAGAAGGUGGUUGGAGCAGGUUGUGCUGCAUGGAUACACAUCAGAUCUCCUCCUCAGGAGGCUGUACACCCUCAAGGUCCUUUAAAUAUCCCUGGAGGAGUGUAAUUCUGGCCCCUGCUGCUCUGGGAGCUGGAGGGCUCCUGGUUUGUUGGCUCCUGUCUAGACGGAAGAUCAAGACUCUAGAAAUGGGAGAUGGAUGGUGGGGCUCAGGCAAGAGGCCCCCAAGAGAGAAAGAAGAUGAGAGAAUACGAUCCUUCCAAAUUGAAACCUCUGACAGGGAAAUUCAGGAACUGCACCAGCGCCUGGACCAGGCUCGCUACACACCGCCACUGGAGGGAGUUGCCUUCCAGUAUGGUUUCAACUCCACCUACCUGCAGAGAGUUGUUGCUUAUUGGAGGAACCAGUUCAACUGGCAGAAGCAGCUGGAAAUUGUGAACCAAUAUCCACAUUUCAAAACAACCAUUGAAGGGAUUGAAGUCCACUUUGUCCAUGUGAAGCCCCCUGGCAUCCCCAAGGGUCAGGCAGCCAGGCCUUUGUUGAUGGUGCAUGGCUGGCCUGGCUCCUUCUAUGAGUUCUAUAAGAUCAUCCCACUGCUCACUGACCCAGCUGGGCACGGCCUGAAUGAAGAUGUGGUGUUUGAGGUCAUCUGCCCAUCCAUCCCAGGCUAUGGCUUCUCCGAGGCACCUCACCAACAAGGUUUUGAUACGCUGGCUGCUGCUCGGAUAUUUCACAAGCUGAUGCAGAGACUGGGCUUCCAGGAGUUCUAUGUACAGGGGGGAGAUUGGGGCUCUCAGAUCACCAUAAACAUGGCCCAGAUGCUGCCAAAGUCUGUGAAAGGGCUUCAUCUGAAUUUUGUCAUCACCACCUCAGGAGGUUUGGGGAGGCUGGUGUCUUUACUGCUGGGGGCCUACGUGCCAUGGCUGGUGGGCUUCACCAGGGAAGACUCCCGCCGCUUAUACCCAUACUUGGAGAAGAACGUGUAUGAACUUCUGCGGGAGACUGGGUAUUUGCACAUCCAGGCCACCAAGCCCGACACAGCAGGCUGUGGACUAAACGACUCCCCUGUGGGACUUGCUGCAUACAUUCUGGAGAAGUUCUCUACCUGGACCGAUAGAUCAUUCCGGGACAUGGACAAUGGAGGUCUGGAGAGGAAAUUCUCUCUGGAUGACCUUUUGACCAAUGUGAUGAUUUAUUGGGUAACUUCGUCCAUUGUGCCCUCAAUGCGCUUCUACAAGGAGAAUCUCUCCAAGAACCUCAACACUGCUCCUGCUGCCAGGAUUGGAGUGUACGUACCCACUGGCAUUGCUGCUUUCCCCCAGGAGCUUGCACAUAGCCCACGCUCCUGGGCACAGAAGUUGUUCAAGAACAUAGUCGUCUACUCCUACAUGCCACGUGGGGGGCAUUUUGCUGCCUUUGAGGAACCAGAGCUCCUGGCACAGGAUAUCAGGCGGUUGGUCAGAAAGGUGGAGCAUCUGUGAGCCAUGAGCAAGUGGGGGGCAGUAUGCACAGAUAAAUGGUAGCACAUUGCUAGACCACCAGCCUGAGGUAAUUAUUAACUGCAUUUCUGAUUACACUUUAUAAAGCCAAAUAUCUAUUUGCUUGAUAGCCGCAGACACCAGCCUAAAACAAAAUGCCAGAUGGUUAAAAAUCAAUGUCUAGAGCUUUUAAUUUAAAAAUAACCAUUAAAUUCUCACUGAAAGGUAGGAGUAUUUUGUCCUAUUUCAUUCUAGGAGCAUGUUAGAGGGAAAACUCCUGCUGUAUCUGGAGAAUGGGUGGUUGCUGUUUAAUGUGUGACAACAUUGCACUGCACUUUAGCUUUUUAAGGAUAAAAUGGCCACCUAUUUCUGAGCAAGGGCAGUAGGUUCCACAGAAAAGCCCAUCCAAGUUGUCUUCAUCUCUAGAGUGACCUGACCUGGGUUCAGUAGCUGAGGUGGAAGUGACUGGUAUGAAGGUCUUACUCUUCCAGGCAUGCGUAUCCAAGACCCUCCUCCUGGAUGGCUACAGAGCAUCAUAUGGCAAACAGUGCCACAAAAUCUAGAGAGCACAGUAUGUUAGAAUGCACCAUUCAACCACAAGCUCUGGAUAGCCCUUUGCAAGGCAGCUUUCCCACUUUGUUUUCAGGAAUUGUGCCUCACUAUAGAUCAGUGCAUUUGUUGUAUGUUACAGCACUGACCACUGGGUCUCUCUACAACAGUUGGGGCACUCACCCAGGAUAUGGGAGACCCAGCUUCAAUUCCUUCCUCUGCCUGAUGUGAAGACCAGAUUUGAACAGGGGCCUCCCACCUCUCAGAAGAGUGCUCUAUACACACACAUUCUUACUCCCUGGCCCAGUGUAUAUUUAAUUAUUUACACCUAGUGAACAGCUUCAACAAGAGUGACAGAGAUCCCUACACUAGAACAUCCCCUAGGGUCCUAGACCACUGGUUAGAGCACUCUUGGGGGAAGUGGGAGACCCAGUUCAAAUCCUAUUCCACAUCAGGCAGAGGGGGAUACUGAACCCAGGCUUCUCACAUGGCAGUGGUCCCCAAAUUUUUCAGGGUCAUACCCCCCUUUCCAGAGUUGGGGCCAUAGCUCCUGGGGGAGGGGGUAAGGAGGCCAGGGCUGGGGGCAGGAGCAGAGCUAUAGCCUGGGGCCAAGUGUAGAGUCACAGCAGGGCUAUGGCCAGGGGCUGAGGCCAAGUCCAUGGCUAGACUGGAGCAGAGCUCGGAGCGGGUCUGUGUGAGACUCCCUCCCCACCCCGUGAGGGCUGGCUUGGGCGCUGCCGCACCCUCCUAAUGUUCCUCUGUGUCCCCCUAGAGAGGUGCACCCCACAGUUGGGAACCUGUGUCAGAUAGGAUGUGGUAGACCUAACCACUGGGCUAAAGGGAGGCCACCUCUGCCUCCUAUCUAGCCCCCGGCCAUUUUUUGUGGAGUCAGGCCUGCUCCAAGAACACCUACUAAGUCAAGGUCCAUAGCUGAGGUAGGUACCAAUCACCAGGAAUGAGGCAGAAGUGCACAUACCCAAAAGUAGAAACUUAGCUGCCCUGGAGACUCAUGGACAUUUAGAUGCCUCCAGAGUUAGGUAGCAGCUGAGCAGAGAUUAAGGAGCUCAGUGCAGGGGUGCUGGAACAAUUUGCUCAGCACCCCAACUAAACCCUCUAUAGGAUGGAAAUCACUUCAAGCCAGGGGGGUGCAACAACACCCCCAGUUCCAGCACCUAUGUCUCAGUGGUGACUAAAAUGUUGGAUUUAGUCACCACUCUGUUAGUGGAUUUGGGCCUAAAUGACUUUACCAUUAAGAGUUAAUCUAUGUAAAGAGAACUUAAUGAAGAGGCAUUUGUACAGCCUCAGGUCACACCCCAAAAUUGGAUAACAAGAGCCUAGCUGGUUGCAUUGCAAUAGGAUCACGCAACCCAACGGCUUUAAAACUAGCUCGAGUGCUUUGGAUCCAAUAGAGCUCCCUUUCAUAAUGUACUAGAUGAAGUCAGGUAGGUUUCUAUUUCUCUCCCCUCUUAUUCCAGGGUAGCUGUAACCCUUUCAAGUCUCUGCACAAGUCAUCAAGGAACCAGGAGAGUUUUGCUGCUGAACAAGAUCAUAGAACUGUAGACCUGUAAGGGAUCUUGAAGUCUAGUCCAGUCCCCUGCACUCAAGGCAGGACUGAGUAUUAUCUAGACCAUCCCUGACAGGUGUUUGUCUAACCUUCUCUUAAGUCUCC